AUGAAAGAACAUCACACCUCAAAAAUUGAACAAGAAAAGUCGAAAAUUGAGGACAGAAAGUUGGAAUUAUAUUCAAAAUGGUUGUCAGUCAAUCCUAAUGCAACAUGGAGAGAUGUCAUUGGUGGACUGACUAGCAUAAAAGAGAAUACAUUAGCUCAAGAUAUUAAAGAAAAAGUAGCCAGUGACACUUUAUCAUCAUCACCAAGGACACAAAAUUCAGAUGACAUAAGGACAGUUUUUCGUAGAAAAGUAACUAAUGACCAUGAACUCCCAACUAAAAUAUCUGAUUGGGUAGAAAGUCACCUUCACUUGCAGCCUGACAAAGUGGAUAAUGAUCUAGAUGCUGUUUUCAAGAAGAUAUAUCCUUAUUAUGAUUUUGUGGACUGUAGUCUGAUAGCUGAUAUGUGUAUUGAGUUUAUAAGUGAUGAAAAAGAUCUACUUGAUGAUCUGAAUACUUAUUUAAUAAAAGCUGAUGAAUUUUGUUCAUCAGAGCCAAUUUCUGAACUCAAAAAAAAGAUAUGCAAAGUGUGUGAACCUUACAAAAACCAACUGGAGAAUAUGCCUUCAAUCAAUAUUAAAGUUCAAAAUCGUUGGCACAAUGUUAAAAUUAAAGAGCAACAAGUUAUUAAUAACCUUAAUGCUCAAGUAAAAGAUGGAGCAAAUGCUUUUCUGCUGGCUUGUCAAAAUGGCCAUACUCAAAUAGUUAAACUGUUACUAAAAAAACAAGUUGAUCUUGAUGCUCAAAGAAAUGAUGGAGUGAAUGCUUUUAUGUUGGCAUGUAAAAAUGGCCACAUGCAAAUAGUUGAACUGAUAUUAGAGAAAAACAUUAAUAUUGAUUUUCAAAAGAACGAUGGAGUAAAUGCUUUUAUGCUGGCUUGUCAAAAUGGCCAUACUCAAAUAGUUAAACUGUUACUAAAAAAACAAGUUGAUCUUGAUGCUCAAGGAAAUGAUGGAGUGAAUGCUUUCAUCUUGGCAUGUAAAAAUGGCCACACGCAAAUAGUUGAACUAAUGCUAGAGAAAAACAUUAAUACUGAUUAUCAAAAGAACGAUGGAGUAAAUGCUUUUAUGCUGGCCUGCCGAAAUGGUCACACUGAAAUAGCUAAAAUGUUGCUGAAUAAAAAAGUUAAUCCUAAUGUACAAAACAAAGAAGGUGGGAAUGCUUUUAUGCUGGCUUGUCAAAAUGGUCACACUCAAAUAGUGGAACUACUGGUUAAUGAACAAAUUGAUCCUAAUGUUCAAAAGAAUGAUGGAUUGAAUGGUUUUAUGCUGGCUUGUCAAAAUGGCCAUGCUCAAAUAGCUGAACUGUUACUAAAAAAACAAGUUGAUCUUGAUGCUCAAGGAAAUGAUGGAGUGAAUGCUUUCAUCUUGGCAUGUAAAAAUGGCCACAUGCAAAUAAUGGAACUACUGCUUAAUGAACAAAUUGAUCCUAAUGUUCAAAAGAAUGAUGGAUUGAAUGGUUUUAUGCUGGCCUGCCGAAAGGGUCACACUGAAAUAGUUAAACUGUUACUAAAAAAACAAGUUGAUCUUGAUGCUCAAGGAAAUGAUGGAGCGAAUGCUUUCAUCUUGGCAUGUAAAAAUGGCCACACGCAAAUAGUUGAACUAAUGCUAGAGAAAAACAUUAAUAUUGAUUUUCAAAAGAACGAUGGAGUAAAUGCUUUCAUGCUGGCCUGCCGAAAUGGUCACACUGAAAUAGCUAAAAUGUUGCUGAAUAAAAAAGUUAGUCAUAAUGUACAAAACAAAGAAGGUUGGAAUGCUUUUAUGUUGGCUUGUCAAAAUGGUCACACUCAAAUAGUGGAACUACUGCUUAAUGAACAAAUUGAUCCUAAUGUUCAAAAGAGCGAUGGAUUGAAUGGUUUUAUGCUGGCCUGCCAAAAUAGUCGCACUGAAACAAUUAAACUGUUGCUGAAUAAAAAAGUUAAUCCUAAUAUACAAAACAAAGAAGGUUGGAAUGCUUUUAUGCUGGCUUGUCAAAAUGGUCACGUUCAAAUAGUUAAACUGUUACUGAAAGAAAAAGUUGAUCUUAAUGUUCAGAAUAAAGAUGGCUGGACUGCUUUUAUGAUGGCUUGUUGGAAUGGUCAUACUGAAAUAGUUAAAAUAUUGCUGAAUGAAAAAGUUAUUCUUAAUGCUCAAGAAAAAAAAGGUUGGAAUGCAUUUAUAAUGGCUUGUAAAGGUGGUCACACUCCAAUAGUUGAAUUGUUGCUAAAGAAACAAGUUUUUAAAAAGAAAGACAGAAUGGAUGCCUUUAUGUUUGCUUGUGAAAAUGGCCAUAUCCAAAUAGUUAAAUCAUUACUGAAGGAAAAAGUUGAUUCUAAUAAUCAGAACUUAGCUUUUUUGUUGGCUUGUCAAUAUGGCCACACUGAAAUAGUUGAAUUGCUGCUGAAGGAAAAAGUUGAUCCUAAUUUUCAAAACGAAAAUGGCUGUAAUGGUUUUAUGUUGGCAUGUGGUGAAGGUCAUGAACAAAUAGUUGAAUUGUUGCUACAGGAACAAGUACAUCUUGAUCCUAAUCUACAAGACAGGAAAGGAUAUACACCUCUGAUGAUUGCUAGUGCUAAUGGCCAUAAAAAGAUAGUUGAAUUAUUAUUAGACUGGUUAGCUGAUCCAGAAAUUCAAGGAAAAGAUGGCAGUACUGCCCUAACAUUAGCUAAAACUGAAGACAUAACUGAUAUACUAAAUCCUCCAUACAAGCAUUCAAGUACCAGUGAUAGUUUAGCUAAAUGUAUGUUUUCUGUUAGUCGUUCAUCAAUUAGUGGUUGUACAUGUAUGUCAAUAAAGUCAUUAUUUAUAUAUUAAAGAUUCUCUCUAUCUCCCCCUCCCUUUCUCUCUCUCUCUCUCUUCUCCCCUUUCCUAAUUGAAUGUAUUUAGCUUUAAAAGUGGUGUAGUUAUUUAAUUAUUAAAAUGGUGCCCUCAUAA